AUGUUAAAUUGUUUACAUAACUCAUCUGUAGAUGACUAUCUAUCUAUCUAUCUAUCUAUCUAUCUAUCUAUCUAUCUAACUCGGUCUUCUUUCUAUCUCUCUAUCUAUCUAUCUAUCUAUCUAUCUAUCUAUCUAUCUAUCUAUCUAUCUAUCUAUCUAUCCAUCCAUCCACCUAACUCUUUUCUUUUUAUCUAUCUAUCUAUCUAUCUAUCUAUCUAUCUAUCUAUCUAUCUAUCUAUCUCGGUGUAUCUUGAUGUAAAUAUCAAGGUCAAUUUCGAUAUAAAUCUCUCUUUCUCUCUCUCUCUCUCUCUCUCUCUCUCUCUCUCUCUCUCUCUCUGUAUGUCUCUUCUUUUAAUCUAUCUAUCUACCUAUCUAUCUAUCUAUAUAAUUCGGUUUUCCUUUUAUCUAUCUAUCUAUCUAUCUAUCUAUCUAUCUAUCUAUCUAUCUAUCUAUCUCGGUGUAUCUUGA